AUGGAUCUUUUAAAGGAGACAAGGUUCGAAGAGUGCAAGCCUGCGACUACACCUUUAGACUAUACAGUGAAGCUGUCCGGAGAAAAGGGAGAGCCAUUGAAGGAUCACUCGGGCUACAGAAAGCUAGUUGGGAGGCUGUUGUACUUAGCCAAUACCAGACCAGAUAUCAGCCAUGCAGUGGGGAAACUCGGUCAAUUUCUGGACUGUCCGACCACUCAACAUAUGCAGGCAGCACAUCAUGUGCUCAGGUACCUGAAAGGAGCACCGGCAGCAGGGUUGUUCUUCACUUCAGAGGUAGAUUACAAUCUGACUGGGUUCUCAGAUUCAGAUUGGGCAGCAUGCCCAGACACAAGGAAGUCAAUUUCGGCUUAUUGCUUCUAUCUGGAAAACUCACUCAUAUCGUGGAAGAGCAAAAAGCAAUUGACAGUGGCGUCUUCAUCCUCUGAGGCUGAGUAUCGAGCAUUGGCAAGUACCACUUGA